AUGACCAGCUUUACAAACUUCAAGACCUGGUGUGCACCCGUGGAACGAAAGUCAUCAAAAAUUAAGGUAACAUCCAAGUGUGAAAUAAUGUGGAGACCCGGCAGCCACCUGUUCUUAUUAUGGUUUUUGGCAGCAAUCCUUAUUGCCAUUAUCAAUGGCCAGAGAUAUAAAAAUGCAAAAACGCCUCUUAUACAGAACAGGCCUUUUAUUGCAAUUUGGAAUGCUCCUACACAGCAAUGUAAACAACGGUAUAAAAUUGACUUGGAUCUCAGUGUCUUUGAUAUAGUUGCAAACCCCAAUGAAACCUUGAGUGGUCAAAAUGUGACAAUAUUUUAUCACACUCACCUGGGAUAUUACCCCUAUGUGACUGAUGAUGGGGAGUCUGUACAUGGUGGUGUGCCACAAAAUGGAAGCUAUGAAGCGCACUUUAAAAAGGCCACACAAGAUAUUAUUAACCGUAUACCAGGUAAAGAUUUCCAAGGUCUUGGAGUUAUUGACUGGGAGAACUGGCGACCACAGUGGAAUAGAAACUGGGGAAGUAAAAGCAUCUACAGAAAUAAAUCAGUAAUGUUAGUAAAGGAUCGCCAUCCAGACUGGCCUAUAGACUUGCUUACAAAACAGGCCAAGGAAGAAUUUGACUCUGCAGCAAGAAGUUUCAUGAGAGACUCUGUUAUUUUAGCUCGGGAGAUUAGACCUCAAGGUCACUGGGGCUACUACUUAUUUCCGGAUUGCUACAAUUAUGAUUAUAAACUGAAUCCUCAAUCAUAUACAGGACAAUGUCCAACUAUUGAAUUAAAACGCAAUGACUAUCUGCAGUGGAUGUGGGAAUAUAGCAGUGCUCUUUUCCCAUCCAUCUAUUUAGAACAUAUUCUCCAGUCAACUUCAAAUGCUCGAAAAUUUGUCCAUCAUCGUCUUAAAGAAGCAAAACGAGUCGCCUCCAUGUCAAAAAGACCAUAUGAAGCAGCGAUUUAUGCAUAUGCAAGGCCUUUUUACUCAUUAACACUUUAUACUUUAUCUCAGAUUGACUUAGUGCAUACAAUUGGAGAAAGUGCAGCAAUGGGUGCAGCAGGUGUUGUACUCUGGGGAGGAAGUGAAUACUCCAGUACACCGAACAGCUGCAAUUUAGUGAAAAAAUAUAUUGAUGGACCAUUUGGACACUACAUAGUUAAUGUGACUAAGGCUGCCAAACUUUGCAGUAAGGUCUUAUGUAACAAAAAUGGGAGAUGUGUAAGGAAAAAUCAAGACUCCGCAGCCUACUUACACUUGAAUCCAAACAAUUUUAAGAUCAAGCCCCAUCUGUUUGGUAAAGGGCAUUAUGUGACCGGGCACCAUGGGAAGGAAGACGUCCAGUACAUGAAGCAGAAGUUUGUGUGCCAGUGCUUUGAAGGUUGGACUGGAGUAUCCUGUGAAUUUCCACAAUUUGAGGACAUACAUUGGAAAUCAGAAAUCUUACAUAGUGGAUCAGACUUAUCAUUCCAAUCUUUCAGUUUUUUGCUCUAUGUCCUUCUCCAAAUUAUUAGUUUACUUACAAUUUCUGAAUAA